AGCAUCACGAAGCCCUCUCUGGCCCCUGGUGGUCACUACCCACCCCGAGGAUACUGGUAUAGUGGCACAGAUUGGCUCCUAACAGCAUGGAUCACUUUGCUUUGCAUGCAAGAACACGUGAAGUUAGAGCAGUUCAGUCUUCCUCUCUCUAUCGGUGGAUUAGUAGGAGCAGAGUGUUAUGCUGUCUCUCCCAUUUUGCACCGUUCCCCGGAGAUAAGAGAACCCUGGCUGGAGGCCCUCCGAGGGCAGGGCUAAGGCCACACGGAGCUAAAUUCAUCCCUGGACAGUCAGCCCAAAAUCUAAUGAAGUUGAUAAGCAACUGCAAUGCUUCAAAAACACUAAGUGCCAAUAAUAUGGAGACAUUGAUCGAAUGUCAGUCAGAGGACAAUAUCAAGGAACAUCCUCUGUUGGCAUCAUGUGAGAGUGAAGAUAAUAUUUGCCAGCUAAUUGAAAUUAAGAAAAGAAAGAAGGUGCUGUCCUGGCCCUUUCUCAUGAGAAGGCUUUCUGCUGUGUCAGAUUUUUCUGGGGCUUCAGAACCUGAAUUAAAAACAUCACUAUUUGAUCAGCCCUUGUCAAUCAUCUGUGGUGAGGAUGACACGCUCCCCAGACCCAUUCAGGAUAUUCUCACUAUUCUGUGCCUUAAAGGACCUUCCACGGAAGGGAUCUUCAGGAAAGCAGCCAAUGAGAAAGCCCGCAAAGAGCUCAAGGAGGAGCUCAACUCGGGAGGCGUGGUAGAUCUGAAAAGUCUCCCUGUGCACCUUCUGGCUGUGGUCUUUAAGGACUUCCUCAGAAGCAUCCCACAGAAGCUACUUUCAUGUGACCUGUUUGAGGAAUGGAUGGACGCUCUAGAGAGGCAGAAUGAGGAGGACAGAACUGAGGCCCUGAAACAGGUUGCAGAUAAGCUCCCCCGGCCCAACCUCCUGCUGCUCAAGCACCUGAUCUCCGUGCUCUACCUGAUCAGCAAGAACUCUGAGAUCAGUAAGAUGGACGCCAGCAAUCUAGCUAUCUGCAUCGGACCCAACAUGCUGACCCGAGAGAAUGACCGAUACCUGUCUUUCGAAGCCCAGAAAGACUUGAACAACAAGGUUAAAACAUUGGUGGAAUUCCUCAUCGAUAACUGCUUGGAAAUAUUUGGGGAGAACAUUCCAGCACAUUCCAGUACUGCUUCUGAUGACUCCCUGGAACACACUGACAGUUCAGACAUGUCAACACUGCAGAAUGACUCAGCCUAUGACAGCAAUGAUCCUGACGUGGAAUCCAGUGGUGCCAUCAGAUGCCCAAACAGGCAGCCCCAGGUGCCCUUGGAGACGGCUGCCGGCUGGGAGCCCAGAGGCCUGCAGCUCACUUGGGAGUUGAGCCCAGAGCCCAUUGUCAGCACUGUAGCCAGGCUGAAAAACUCCCUCAGGGAACCAGACAGGAGCUACUCAGAGCCCUGCAUGUCAUCCUCACAGGAGAGCCUCGAGAGCCAGAAAACUCACCAAAAACUAACACGAAGUGAGGAUGACUUCACCAUGGCCCAGGCAGGGGCUUGUUUGGAAGGUGAGGAAGCUGAAGACCCAUUUCCAGAGGAGGUGUUUCCUGCAGUUGAAGGCAAAACUCAGAGGCCACAGGACCUGAAGGUGAAGAACUCGACUCAGGGUUUGGGGUUACUGUGGGGACUGGCACCCAAAGCCUCCUCCAGUGGCUCUCUGGAUGCUUCCUCUGACAGCUCCCCUGUGGUUUCUCCUUCCAGUCCCAAAAGAAAUUUCUUCACCAGACAUCAGUCUUUCACAAAGGCAGAGAAAAGUAAGCCCAACAGAGAGAUUAAAAAACAUUCCAUGUCAUUCUCUUUUGCCUCUCACAAAAGAGUGUUGACCAAAACCCCCAGCUGUGUGUCUGUGAAAUCCAAAGGCUUUACAAGAGACCAAGUAAAGAAAGUCUUUAAAAAAGAAAGCCAGCUUGCUGGGCGAAUCAUCCAAGAGAACUUGUCUGAAAUCCAGGGCCAAACAGCUCUAGACUUUAGCUCCAGAUCCUAUGCCCUCUCAGUCGAGGAUGUGUUCCAGCAAGUGGAUCAGAGGACCCCUGGGAGUCCACCAUCUUAUGAAGAGGCCAUUCGGUGCCAGGCAUUGGACCUCUCGGCCUACGGGAGCCAAACAGUUGGCAGCAUGAGGGCUAGAAUGCUCAGCUGGGACACUCAACUACCACCUCUCCUACCUUUUCACCACGGAGGGAAUUCAAGAGAUAUAUGCAGUCAAGAGCCACUUGACAGGCACAGACUAUCUCCCAGGACUGAGAGUUGGAAACAGAGCAGGACUGUCCAUGCUUCUGUUGAAACGACAGGACAAGUGACUAUCACAGGGAGACCAGAGCUGCACCGGCUAAGAACGACAUCUGAGUCAAAUCAGAAGACUAAGCUGGACCACUUCGUGCGGCGAUGUAGUCAGCCGGUCUUUGAGGCUGACCAACUCCAAUAUGCUAAAGAAUCCUACAUUUAGGAAGGCAGACCAGACACCAUGACGUGGCUUGUGGUAUCUCUGUAAAUGCAUGACUGUAUGAAGAACUGCUUUAGACUCUGUUUUCAUAAAAGUCGAGAAUAAGCUCCUUUAGAGAAGCUGUGUAGAGCCCUCCUCAGUGGGGCUAGCUAUGCAAGGGCACUCAGGCAGUGUCUGUGUGUGCCUGAAUUUGUGCAACAUGUAGCAAGUGUAUGAGAUGUACUGAAGAUAAGGUGUUAAGGGCAAAGAUGUCUAGAUGGGUAUGUGUAUAUUUGUUUGUGAACUUGUGGUCAAUGGCACUGCUGUUCUCUGCCUCCUGGGGCACUUUUCUAUUGGUUAGUGUUCAAAAAUAAUUUUUCUUCUAUUUUUUUGUUGCCUCCAAUAUCAUGCCAUUUUUCAUAUUUUCCACAAACUCCAUUUAGGGGAAAACAUUUAAAUCUAUUAGAAGUUUACUCCAGUAAGCAGCUUUGUGAUACCUACUCACAAGGAAAAGGAGCAGACUGCAAGGAAUAGACUUCAGUGUUUGGAGUUAUCAAAGGCAUUACAAACUCCAGGAAAUGAAAAAGCCAUCGUUAAAAUUUAUGAAAAACACUUAAAUGUGUCCUUUAAAUCAUCUCAUUUUCAAUUUGGAUAGAUGAGUAAAAAUGCAAUACAUCAAUAUUAUCUGAUUUAUAGCACUUUGAGUUUCUUUGUGACUCAGUUUUGUCUUCUCCAACAGUGUGCAGGAAAUUACUUUAUACGCAUUGGGGAUCAUAUAUAGAAUUUCAAUGUAAUCUCACUACAGUAAAUUGCCUUCCUUGUU